UGCGUUAGCCUAAUUAGUCUACAUAAUGAAGUGUGACCUUACCCUAAUACAGUCGAUAAUAAAUAAUAAAUUUACAUAUUCAGAAUUCAUAUUAACGUUAUAACAUUUAUAAUGUUAUUGUAGUUAUAGUAAAUAAUUUUAUCCGUAAGAUAUAUAUAUAUAUAUAUAUAUAUACAUAUAUAUGUAAAUUUUAAAUUUAGAAAUUUUAACAAACAUAUCACCUAUUGUAUAUUCAAAAGAAAAAUGUCUGAGGACAGUUUAGACAAAUUAAAGGACAAUAUAUUAACGGAUAAAUGUACUAAAACAGAUCGUAGCAAUUAUUUUAAUCAAUUAGAAGCAUGGCUACAAGAAGUAUAUUCAUGGCAAAGUGUCAUAGCCAUAUUUCCUCAUUGUUUGGCAUCUAUUCAAGUAUUAAAUAACACUCCAGGUAUUUCUGUUACAUCAGUUUUUUCUCAAUCAAAUCAACAAAAUAAUGAAUCAUUGCGAGAAAGAAGGCGAAAUGUACAAACUGAACCUUUUCAUCCUUUAAAUGUUGAAGGUUUUGAAUACCGAAUACCCCCUAUUUGGAAAAGAUUUGUCGCAGAAUCUAUUGAUUCUAUUAUGUUAUUUUUAUUAAAGUUAGCUAUUACUUUUAUUGCAGUCGAUGUUUUCGAUUUCAUAAAUAUAGAGCCAUCUGAUAUUGAUCUACUUCAAAGAAAUUUAAAAAUUGAUUAUAAAAUGGCUGUAGAAUUAACUUCUAGUAUUUUAAUAUUAGAACUAGUUCAUCGAGUAAUCGUUUGCAUUUUCGAGGCAUUUUGGCUGCAACGAGGACUUUAUGGGCAUGUAGGAGGUGCAACGCCUGGUAAAUCUGUAAUGGGUUUACGAGUUGUUCAAUGUCGCAGUGUCAUUCCUGUUGAACGACCAGACGGUGAAAUUGUGCUUGUUUCUCCUGGAACAGAUCUUGGUUUGCCCUUAGCUUUGGGUCGUUCGGUAGUAAAAAAUUUAAUUUUGGCCUUUCUUUUUCCUAUUUGUUUCUCACUUUGUUUCUUUAGAUUUAAUCGAACUGGAUAUGAUUUAAUUUGUAACUCAAUUGUAGUUGAAGAUCCUUAUAGAAGCAAUAACAAUAAUACCAUACGUAGAGCUCGUCAAUGAUGAUGAUGAUAAUAAUUAUAAUGUAGAUAUAAAAAAAAACCUGCGAUAGGAUAUUAUAUGAAAGUAAUUUUUAAUUAUAAAGUUUUCCUUUGAAUAAUUCCAAAUAAUUGAUAUAUAUAUAAUAUAUACUACAUUAAGCUCUUCCACUUUUCUCACGUUAGUACAUACGUUUAUAAUUUAAUAAACAAAUUUUUUAAUA